AAUUUAUUUGGAAAAUUCUCAGACUAAAGAUACUACUAGCAAGGAUCAAAAAUCAAAAAUUAAUAAAGAAAAUAAACAACAAAUGAUUUCCUCUUUAGAGAAAUUAAAAUCAUUAGCUAGUAAAGCAGCUUAUUCAAUAAGAUUGGCUUUUAUAUAUCAUUUUUUAAAUUCUCCAAACAAAAAAGAAAUCUUAUUUAGCAAUACUGUAUUUACAGAAGAAGAAAUUAAUAAACGGUUCAGAGAUAUCGCUUUAUAUUUCCAUUCUGAUAAAACGAGUCGACCUAAUACUCCAACUUGGCUUCAAGAAAAACAUAGAAACCUAGGUGACGAACUUUUUAAUUUUACUCUAAAGUUUAAAGAAAGCUUAUUAGAAGACUUGGAAGGAAUCUCACAAAAUGAAGGUUAUUUGACUUUUCACGAAAAAAAAGCAAAUGACCUUUGGAAAAUUGCGAUCGAUUAUCGUAAUGCAGCUAAAGGUCAAUGGGAUAAGUUGAAAGUAUUAAAUAAAGAUGAUGUUGAGAAAUUAUCUCCUGACGAGUUAAAGAUUGUUGGCAUAGAUAAUGGAAUAUUAGCCUAUCAGGAAUAUCGAGCAGCUUGCAGAAUUGCCGACAAAUCUAAACAACUAAAAAAACAAGUACAAUUACGAGGAAAUAUGGCAUUGUGCUUAUACAUUUCUAACAAAUUUAUAGAAGCUCAGUUAUAUGCUUUAUCAGCAAUUCAAUUGCAACUUAGAAAUUCUCAGAAUGUCACGCAACAGGAUUUUAUUGAAACAAAAAAAAUAUUUGAUAAAGUUAAAGGUGGAGGUCCUACGAUGGAUACCACAGAGGGGAAUACAGUGAAUGCCAAAGAAACUACUAAACUAGAAACUGAAAUUAAGCUAAAAGACAAAUCUGAUAAUACAAUGGCUUUAGUAAGAACGGUGGAUCAGGGAAUUUCCUUUUUUGAGAGAAAGACUAUUCAAGAAUCAAUUAACAACGAUAUGGCAAAUAUAAGUGUUGGGCUAAUGCUCAAGGCAGACCAGAGUUUAGUUCGUUAUCAAGUACCAGCAGAGGUGAUUUUGCACGCCAAGGAACGUGUUGUGAAGCAUAAAAUUGUAGGGGGUGCAGCCAUGGGAGGUGCAAUGGCCGUGGGAACGACAAUAUCAGUAACUGCUGGUCUUCAUAUUUAUGAAGCAGUAGCUAUAAUAGGAGUUACGUCAGUUGGUGGUCCAUUUGCACUCGUCAGUGGACUACUUGCUCUUGGUUUAGGUAUAUGGGCCGGUGUGACCUUAUGGAAAAGAGGGAAUCGUCUCAGAGAAGUUCCAGAAAUUCGUGAAAAUCUUAAUAAAAUCAUGAUCGAAACAAUAGGAGCUUAUAAUAAAGGGGAAUAUCAGGAGGUUAUUAAAGCACUUUCCGAAGAAUAUAAUAAGAAGACGAAGGAUAGUCUUUUAAAAUUAACAAAACGUGAAGAUUUCAUUAAUACUGAUCAUAUAAUAGAAACACUCUUAUACUAUGGCUUUAGAUCUGAUGGUAUUGCUUAUCUAUUAAAUUUGCUUGGUGAGGUUUUAAGUAGUGGGAAAGUAGAACUUAAUGGAAUGACAAAAAAAGACUUAAAAGCAUUAGCAACGAGUGUUUUUAAUGGUGCGCUAAGUGAAAAACUAGUAGACGAUGCUAAGAAACUGGACGGCCGUAUUCGUGAAUUACGAAAGGGCCAUAUUGUUAGCACUUUUAAUAAAUUUAAAGAUUCUGUUUUACUUAAAGAAUAUAGUGAUAUGGCUAAAGAAUACAAAGAUGAUGCUGAAGAAAUGCCUUUUAUAUCAAGACUGGAAGAGAUGCGUAAUAUCACAAGGAUUAAUCGAGCAAUUUUUGAUAUAUUAGAUGCCGGUAAAGAAGAAAUUAAACGAGCAAUCGAAACUAUUAAGGAAGUUCAAAAUUCAAUCGACAAUAAUUAUCAGUUUGUUAAUUCUGCUAAAUGGCGUUACGAAGUUUUGGAGGAUUUAUUAUGGGUUAUUAAUGGUGAAGAAUCACCUACAGAAUCAUCCGAAGAAUCAUCCGAAGAAUCACCUAAAUUAUCUCUAAUCACUUACAUAGAUGAUAAAUACAUCAAUUAUCUAAAUCAACAACUAAAGCAGGCAUCUUCAACCCAAGAAAGGUUUCGUCUUUUCAAUGCAAUAGCAACAUGCUAUGUACAAUUAGCUGAGAAAGAAGAUAAUAAUCGAUUAAAUGGUUUGUGUUAUUGGAGAUCUGCCCAAAAGAACUAUGAGGAAGCACGUGAAAAAGAUCCAGAGAAUUUAGAUGCUGCACUUGGUUUUGCAAAAUGUUUACUAAAAUUAUCUAAAUAUACUCAAGUUAUUCAACUUUUAAAUGUGUGUCCAAACUUAACCUCUUUAUCAGAAUAUUGGUACUUUCGUAGUAUUGCUUAUCAAAAGAAGGCUGAUUAUAAGAAUGCUAAGGAGAAUAUUAUUGAAGCAUUGAAUUUGGAUAAUAAAAACAAGUUAGCAGAUAAACAGAGAUUACUUCUCAAAAAACUAAGUGAAAAAAAUAUAAUUGAAUGGCGUAUUAACCGUUACAAAAAAGAAAAAAACGAUAUCGAUGACGUAGAUUAUUUUAAAAGUUCCCAUAGUAAAGAGAGUCCUACUUAUAAUAUUCUUUCAAUUGAUGGAGGGGGUGUAUGUGGAAUAUUACCUGCCUUAUGGCUUAGUGAAAUAGAAUAUCGUACCCAUAGACCUAUUUCUCAUCUAUUUAAUAUGAUAACUGGAAUAUCGGCUGGAGGGAUUAUUGCUGCUGGACUAUCGGUACCAUUCUGGGAGAUACACCUUGAUUCAAAGAAAAAUCCAUAUUAUGAAUGUUCAGAUAAACCAAAGUUUUCGGCUUCAGAUUUGUUAGAUAUUUAUCAGAAUCAAGCAAAAAACUUGUUUAUCACCACAAAUAAUAAUAAUUCACAGUCAUUUUUUAAACCAAAACAUACAGAACAAGAUCGCAGUUCGUUGUUUUCUGAACAUUUUGGUAGAGUACGCUUGAAUCAAGCUCUUACUGAAUUGGUUAUUCCUGCAGUGGAUGUAACUACUAGUAACUUAACACAGACACAUUUCUUUACGCGUUAUGAUGAUCGCAGUGAUGAUUCAAAAGACGAUACUUUUUUUGAUACUUUAAUGGCAACAACAGCUGCACCUACCCUUUUUCCACCUUACGAGAUAAAGGGAAGAGGUUUAUUUUCAGGCGAAGCUUUGCAUCUUAAUAACCCAACGAUAGCAGCAUAUGAGGAAGCUAUCCGAUAUAAUGCGCCAAAAGAAAAGAUUUCAGUGCUAUCUCUUGGUACGGGAAGUUAUGUCCCAGAUCCUUUAAAUCCUGACCUAUAUCGUGAUAGUCUUUUUUGGGCACGAAAUCUACACAAAAUAGUACUACCUCAACAUGAAGGUAAUAUUGAUAGCCUAAUGUACAGUUUAUUGGGAAAUCGCCAUCAACGAUGGCAAGUUUGGCUUGAAGAACCAAUAGAAUUGGAUGACUGCAAAAGUACCUCUUAUCUCUUAGAGCUGGGUCAUCAAUAUAUAGAAGAGCUUGAUUCUUCGGAUGAUAAUCCUAUAAACAAGUUGGUAGAGUCUUUUGAGAAAUGAUUUGCCAACAAAGUUUUAUGGAAUUCUUACUAGAGUCGUUAUUUGUAAUUGAGAUAUUUUCAUAUGUACUGUACAUCAAGAUUUUGACUGUUCUUUUUUGCUAUUUAUUUUUCAAACUGCCUAUUGUGAUAUUAAAAAGUAUAUUGCCAACAUUUACAAACUCGUAUUAAAAUAAAAUAAUAUUCUUAAAUGAAGCAAUUUAUUCAGCACUUAAAAAUUUUGUAUCGAAAUUUCUUAAUUGGAUUAAUAAAUUAAAAUAAAU